AUGUUUGACGAUGCCUCGAUUCAUCAGCAGAAAACGCAGCAAAAGGAAAAUGCGGCAAAAAUGUUGGACGGUUGGGACGCAGACGGCGCGAAACUCGCUCUCAGACGCGUCGAAAUAGCGUGCGAGACGAAGAGACGCCGACGGCGACGACGACGAUUCAUCGCGAUGAUACGGAUCUUCCCCGCGACUGCAAGUUUGGACGAAAAAGAGCCGCCGUCGCCGCCGCAGCAGCACCAUCGCCAGCAGCUCCACAAGAAAAUGUUGUACGAAGAGCCUAUUUCGCUGGAAGAGGCCGCAUUGACCGCGAACAACGUAAUGGUGGCGCCGAGCCGAAAAUCAUAUGUGCACGGCUGCUCGUCGACACCAUUGUUGUUUGAGACGGUCGGCGAGCGAUUGCGUUCGGCUGUUGAUCAGGUGCCCAACAAGGAAUUCCUCAUUUUCAAGAAGGAAGGUGUUCGCAAAACGUACGCGCAAGUCGCCGCUGAUGCCGAGCAACUUGCAUGCGGCCUCUUACACUUGGGUAUCGCCAAAGGCGAUCGCGUCGGUAUUUGGGGACCGAACACGUACGAAUGGACGACGACGCAAUUCGCCACCGCUCUCGCUGGCAUGGUUCUAGUCAAUAUCAAUCCGUCGUAUCAAUCCGAAGAAUUGCGGUUCGCCAUUGAUAAAGUUGGCAUUAAAGCGCUCAUCACGCCGCCGGGAUUCAAAAAAUCGAACUAUUAUCAAAGCAUAAAGACGAUCCUCCCUGAGGUGACAAUGAAAGAGCCCGGAAAGUCGGACAUCAGCUCGCGAUCGUUCCCAUUAUUCAAACAUUUGAUCAUUUUUGAUGAAGAAGACAAACCCUAUCCUGGCGCUUGGAAGUACACCGAUGUAAUGAACAUGGGAACUGAAGAGGAUCGCAACAAUUUGUCGAAAAUCGAACGCGAAACGCAGCCUGAUGAUCCGAUUAAUAUCCAAUACACUAGUGGAACAACCGGACAGCCGAAAGGUGCCACAUUGACGCAUCACAAUGUGCUCAACAACGCCUAUUUCGUCGGGCAUCGCGCCGGAUAUAGCGAGAAGAAGACGAUUAUUUGCAUUCCCAACCCAUUGUACCAUUGCUUCGGAUGUGUGAUGGGUGUUCUUUCGGCGUUGACGCAUUUGCAGACGUGCGUUUUUCCGGCUCCAUCUUUCGAUGCUCUAGCGGCAUUGAAGUCGAUUGAUGAAGAAAAAUGUACUGCCCUUUAUGGAACCCCGACAAUGUUCAUCGAUAUGAUCAAUCAUCCCGAAUACUCCAACUACAACUAUGACUCGAUUCGGUCGGGAUUCAUUGCGGGAGCUCCUUGCCCAAUAACGCUGUGUCGUCGACUCGUCAACGAAAUGCACAUGACCGAUAUGCAAGUGUGCUACGGGACCACCGAAACGUCGCCGGUGUCGUUUAUGUCGACGCGCGAGGAUCCGCCCGAGCAGCGCAUCAAAUCCGUCGGCCACAUAAUGGACCAUUUGGAGGCGGCCGUCGUCGACAAACGCGGCUGCAUUGUGCCGCGCGGCGUCAAAGGCGAGGUGAUCGUUCGCGGCUAUUCGGUGAUGCGCUGCUAUUGGAAUAGCGAGGAGCAGACGAAGAAGGAGAUCACGCAAGAUCGAUGGUAUCAUACCGGUGACAUUGCCGUUAUGCAUGACAACGGCACAAUCUCGAUUGUCGGUAGAUCGAAGGAUAUGAUUGUGCGAGGUGGUGAAAAUAUUUAUCCGACGGAAGUCGAGCAAUUCCUCUUCAAGCAUCAAGCAGUGGAAGAUGUCCAUAUUGUUGGUGUACCUGAUGAGCGCUAUGGUGAAGUGGUGUGCGCCUGGAUUCGACUGCACGAGAGCGCUGUUGACAAGAUUACUGAAGAGGACAUCAAAGCGUGGUGCAAGGGAAAAAUUGCCCAUUUCAAAAUCCCGCGCUACAUUCUCUUCAAGAAGGAGCACGAGUUCCCGUUGACAGUCACCGGCAAAGUGAAAAAAUUCGAGAUUCGCGAGCAAUCGAAAAUCGAGCUCGGCCUUCAGCAAGUCGUCUCGCAUUUCGCCGAACUUUAA